UAUUGUUCUAAAGCAGUGCUCGGAAAUAUUUGCACUAGCCGGAAAAUAAUGUCAUGACUCAGGAUCGAUAUGUAUCCCACAAUUAAAUUAGAAAAGGCGAUCUUUUAUUAAAAUAUUUAUUUGUAUUAAAGGACCCCGCACAAAACACGGGGAAAUUCGGCCCGGACAAAUUCGAUGAAACUGUGCCAUUUUGUACUUCGAGUCAUGCUGAUCAAAAGUUGUCAAGGACGCAACCCGAUCCUAUGAGUCAUUUUAGAGCUACAGAAAUUACUCGUAUAAUUAUUGGCCUGUUGUUGUUUUUCAUUUGUCUUUACACGAAACGAGCUUAUCUUAUUAUAUUAAUUAAAAAUAACGUUUGAAUAUGGUACUACGAUUGGCAGAAGAAUACUCAUCUCCUUUUCAAUUUUGGUUGGGCAGCAACUUAGUCAUUGGAAUAUAUGACCCACAACAGGCAAAAGCUAUCUUACAUAACAGAAAUUGCAUGGAUAAAAGUAUAAUUUAUAAGCUUUUCAAACCAUUAUUUGGUAUGGGAUUACUUACUGCUCCUGCAUCCAUAUAGACCCGAGUAAGAAAAAUAAGUGGACCUACAUUCCGUCCAUCCAUAU